AUGGCAGAGGAGGGUCACAAGGUGAGUUUACAUGUGUAUGACCUAAGCCAUGGGCUAGCUCGUCAGCUUUCCAUGUCAUUUUUGGGAAAAACUAUCGAGGCAAUAUGGCACACAGGAGUAGUGGUAUAUGGUAGAGAGUAUUAUUAUGGAAGGGGAAUACAAGAGGUUGUGGCUGGAACAGCUCCAUAUGGAACUCCAAUGAGAGUGGUGGAUCUUGGUAUCACUCAUAUCCCAAAAGAUGUUUUUGAGAUGUAUUUACAGGAGAUAACCCCUCGAUACACAGCAGAAAGUUACAGUUUAUUGGCACAUAAUUGUAAUAACUUCAGUAGUGAAAUCACACAGUUUUUGGUAGGCAACAACAUUCCAGACUACAUUCUUAACCUCCCCAAUGAAGUCACAAGCAGUCCAAUGGGUGCUCUUAUUAUGCCCAUGAUACAAAAUCUAGAGACUACAUUGAAGGCGGGUGCAGUCCCCCAAGCUCCCCAGUUCAGACAAUCUUCAAUAACAAACCAAGUCAACAGGUCAACAGAAACUGAAAGUAGUAAAAUUCAAGCCUUAAAGGAGCAAACUAGUGGGAAACAUGAAGAUGCAAAGCCAAAAGUGGAUCCUCUUGGAGAUGCUAGAAGCAAGUUGCAGGAAGAAAUCGGGAAGGAGUUUGCUGCAAUCAUGGCGACUGGAGCAUUUCGUGCAAGUGAGGCGGCAGCUCUUGCAACUAAGAAGGUCAUGCAAAAAUAUGGGCACAUCCAUAUGAAUGCUGCACAGAGCUGAAACUCAGGUUCCCCAAUUCUUCACAAAUAAAAUGUACGUUUUGAAUAUUUCGUGGACGUUUUUAAUUUAACAAAAUUGAUUUGAAAGUAUGUUUCCCUUUUUGGUUAAUAAAUCAGUAUACAUAUUCAC